AUAAGAUCAAAUUAUACUCUUUUGAAAAUGACGAAGCUAAUUAGUAUUAAUAUUUUGUUCAUGUUGAUUAUAGCCGCAAUUGCGAACGCACAGCAGUGCGGUAGACAAAAGGGCGGAGCCUUAUGCAGCGGCAACUUGUGUUGCAGCCAAUUCGGGUGGUGUGGAUCAACACCCGAAUUUUGUUCACCUACCAAAGGCUGCCAGAGUCGCUGCACUGGUGGCGGAUCAACCCCAACUCCAUCUGGUAGCGCGCAAAAUGUGCGUGCAACGUAUCAUAUAUAUAACCCACAGAAUGUUGGGUGGGAUUUGAACGCUGUUAGCGCUUACUGUUCAACUUGGGAUGCUAAUAAGCCUUACUCCUGGCGGAAAAAGUGUGGCUGGACUGCUUUCUGUGGUCCUGUUGGACCUCGUGGUCGCGACUCAUGUGGCAAGUGCUUAAGGGUGACGAAUAUACGUACAAGAGCUCAAACGACGGUGAGAAUCGUAGAUCAAUGUAGUAACGGAGGACUAGACUUGGACGUUAACGUUUUUCGACAAAUCGACAACGGAAAUCAGCAAGGCCAUCUUAUUGUGAACUAUCAGUUUGUUGAUUGUGGUGAUAAUUAAAUCUUAUAGUUGACAUAGAGAAUGAUAAGAUUCAUGUUUGAUUAUCCAAAUAAAUGUUAAAGUAUGAAAUUAAAAUAAAAUAAUAAUAACAAUAAAGUUAUAUCCGAAUUGAGACAAGCUAAGUCACGUACGUCCAACAAAGUUGAUCCAUUGAGUAAUUAAUUAAUCCCUCAUUUUGUUUAAAUUAAAAUGUAAUGAUAUUUAAUCCAACAAAAAAUAGGAUAUGUCAUAACUUUAACUAGCUGAGAACACGACUUUAGAUAAAAAGAUAUGAAGGUCGAGCACUAUGAUAUAAGGCUAGAAAAAUAAUUGAGUGUUAUCGUAUUUCAUAGUAUGAUUUAAAUAUCACAUAGUUUAUCUUUCUCUAGUGUGUAUUGAUAUAUAUCCAUUGUUACGCUUGUUCAUAUAUUGCUAUUUUAUCAUCUCAUGUUCUUCCGUA